ACCAGCUGGGCGUGAUCGCGCCACAAGUAAUCCACCGAUGGAGCUCCGCCACCCACAUGGUCCACCGCAAUUACGGGACCUGCGAUUGAAGUCCAGUUUGCAGUCCCGCACAGAUCCUCAUAUCUUCACUUCGGAGUGAACGUUUUCGAGGUUGCUUGCGUCUUCAACCCUAAUUUUUUUUAACCCUUAACUUGUUUUUUCGACGAAUAGUGGAGUAAUUUGUAGUGCAAUUCACAACCAUGGCCAUGGCGAUGUUAGCUUCGCCGUCUCUGUCUUCAGUGUGCAGUAAUAGUGGGCGUACCCCGGCGGUUUCUGGGCGGCAGCAGCAGCAGCUGCCUGGAGCUUUUAGUCCAAAGACGAAUGGUGAUCAAUUGGCCAGGCGAGGAGUUUCCGUGCGAGCACAGCAAAAGCGAGGGUCUUCUGGGGAUCCUGAGAGUAAGCAGCUAUUGGAUGCCUUCUUUUUGGGUAAAGCUCUUGCAGAAACUGUUAGUGAGCGUAUUGGUAGUCUAGUGGGCGAGCUUUUAAGCGAUGUCGGACAACGACAGGCUGAACAGCAAAGACAAAUUCGUGAGUUCCAGAAUGAGGUGCAAGAGAGGGCAAAGUCUGCAUCAAGGAAGGCAGCACAGAAAGCCCUGGCCACGGACAACACUGUGUCGGUAGCAGCAGCUACUCAAGUUUCUCCAGUCACUUACGAUGACGAACCAAGUGGAAAUAUUGUAACAGAGAGCACAACCAGCGCCACUGAAGGUGCCAAUGGACUCCCUACUCUACCGUAUGAAGAUCUUCCUCCCCUAGAUUCUCAGUCUGAUAACACUACUGCAUCCUCCCAGAAGGAUACACCAGACUUUUAGAUUCCGUUCGUUUUCAAUCGCUUCAGAUUCCAUGAUGUAUAGUCAAACGUGCAGUACAACUUAGAGCUUUCACUUCUCACACAAUCCUGUGCUUUUCAAACA